AUGAGUUUGUUCUUUAAGUCGCCGAUUGAUAUUGAAGUGCUGUUUGAUGGGGAAGAAUCCCGAAAACACGUUGAGAUUGCCAAUGCUGCUGGUUCAGGAUCUAAGAGUCUCAAGGAUCGGUUGCCGCUAUAUGAAGAUGGUGAGACUCUGAGUGGUGUGGUAACGCUGAGAGUAAAAGAGGGAAAGCGGGUCGAGCAUCUAGGUGUUAAAGUAGCGGUCAUUGGGUCAAUUGACAUGGUCAAGAGCCAAGGUGGUGGUAGCGGGAGCGGGAGUUCUGGAAAAAGACUUUCUCCGAGUGUCUCUGAUGCUAAAAAGAUGCCCGUAGAACAAUUUAUAUGUCUCAGUUACGAUCUGUGUCCGCCGGGGGAGCUUCAACAUGCACAAAGCUUCCCGUUCAUAUUCAAAGAUUUGACCAAGAGAUACGAGUCAUAUAGGGGCAAGAACGUCGAUGUAUCGUAUUAUGUCAAGGUUACCGUAGCCAGGAAAACCACUGACAUCUCGAAGGCCAAGAAGUUUUGGGUCUACCUCUACAAUGACGCUUCUAAGCCGCCAGCUGCGAUUUUAGGCAGCAGUGGCGCGCAAUCGAGCGAAGAAACCAGUAGCAGAGACCCCGUGGAACAGGACAAGAAUGGGAAGCCUCAGAGCGGGCUUCUGCGGAAGGAACCCAAACCCGUCAAGUUGGACAUCGGGAUAGAAAACUGUCUCCACAUUGAAUUUGAGUUCUCGAAAUCUCAAUACAGUCUGAAAGAAGUUAUAGUCGGAAGAAUCUACUUCCUGCUAUCGAGACUGAAAAUUAAACACAUGGAACUGAGUCUGAUAACAAGAGAAUCCUCCGGACUGCAGCCUUCGAAUUACUUGGUGGAUUCCACAGCUAUACGAUAUGAGAUCAUGGACGGUAGCCCCGUUAAGGGUGAAACGAUACCCAUAAGAUUAUUCCUUGGUGGCUACGACCUGGCUCCGGACGUCACCUGCAGUUAUUUCAAUGUCAAGAAUUACCUCAGCCUGGUCAUAGUUGAUGAAGAUGGCAGAAGGUACUUUAAACAAUCUGAAAUAGUUCUUUUCCGUACGAGAUAA